AUGGACAGUGCUUACAAGCGAGAGCUCUCUGUAGCUAUCGGAGCUUUGCAAAAGGCAGCUCAGGUGAGCCAGUCAAUUGUCGCCAACAAAGACAAGGGCGCUAUCGAGAAGGAUGACUUGAGCCCCGUGACAGUCGCCGACUUUGCAGUCCAGGCUCUCCUUACAGCGACUAUUAAGAAUGCGUUCCCUAAGGAUAAGGUCGUUGGAGAGGAAGAUGCGUCGGACUUGAGGCAGAACUCUGUGCUUAUGGAGCGCGUGUGGGAUCUCUUGAUGCGUGUUGCUGGAGAUGAGGAUACGCCUUCUCUAUGCCAGCUACCCUCGACACGAGAACAGAUGUGCGAUCUUAUCGAUGAGUGCGGAGCUAGUAGUCCUGAUUCCUUUGGAAGAACCUGGAUAUUUGAUCCUAUUGACGGGACCAAGACAUAUCUCAAAGGUCAGCUUUAUGCUAUCAACAUGGCUCUCCUCGUGGAUGGAGAACAAGUCGCUGGUAUCGUUGGCGCGCCAAACCUUUCAAUUGAUGCGAAAGCACCUCUCAAAAACGAAGAUAUUGAUCCCAAAGGCGAAGGAUGCAUUUUCUUCGCUGUCAAGGGCCAUGGUGCAUACGUUCGACCUCUGAGGUCCGAUCAACCCAGACGACUAUCGCCUCACACCAUUAACGAACAAACCACCUUUGUCACAAGCGCCUCCGUUGUCGACUCCAACCUCGAAGGUGUCCAUGAAGCCGUCGCAUCACGUCUCAACGCCGAGUACCCAGGCAGUGACCUCGUCCCAUGGGUUCUGCGCUGGGCGGUUCUUGCUAUGGGCCUCGGCAACACGACAGUCUGGGUAUACAAGCGCCGAGACCGCUAUGCUAAAGCAUGGGAUCAUGCAGGAGCUAUGCUUCUGUUUGAAGAAGCUGGUGGAAAGAUCACAGAUGUGCAUGGGAAGAAGAUUGACUUGACGGCUGGGAGAAAGAUGAGCGCAAACUUUGGCUUCGUGGCAGCGCCGACGGAUAUUCAUGGGCGGAUUCUGCAAACUGUGCAUGAUGUCUUGAAGGAGCAGGGCAAAGAAGCGUUUUUGAGCUAG